AAGGAAGGGAAGGAGUGGGUUGAGGAGAGCCUCCGGCGAGUGACAGCAGAGGAGUGGGUGGAGCCAGGGCGGGAACGUUCGGAGAGGCAGCCGAGCGUUCGAAAGGGGCGCGGCAAGCGUGUCGCAACGUUCCCGGCAGGCUUUGAAGGUGUCGCGCCGUUCCAUGCGCGCGCGGGAAAGCAAAGGAGGAUCGUAGCAGUGGAGGCGUAGGCUGAGUUUAGCGGGCCGGGAAUGGAGCGCGAAGUGAUCCAGUGUUUGGCUUCCAAGCUGGGCGUCACUGCGCCCGGAGUUAUCAGGUGAAUUGAGGGCAGGGGGUUUUAUUUUAUUUCAUUCAUUCAUUCAUUCAUUGAAAUUUUGUAUUUGUUUAUUUAAAGGCCUUUGGUAUUUUAUUAUCUGUGGCCUCCUUGAAGUUAGAGGGAUGUUUUAAUCCUGCCUUAAAAAUAACUUUUGAUUUUUCUUUGUCCCCCCCCCCCCCACUUUUAUGCCGGUUCUAAUGUAUGUGUUCGUUUACGUAUUGUCGUUUUGAGUUACGGGGAGGAGGUGGCAGGGAGCGACCAAUAAAUUAACAAUGAUGGUUUAUUUCUAUCCCAUCCUUCAAAGGGAGGCAAACAGACACACCGUUAUUUAAAAGCAAAGAGAAAAGCAAAAAUAUUCUAAAACAAUCAAAACAUUUCUGAAAGCAGUUGCAAUUAAAACAUCGAAAAGCAGUUUGGGUUAGAAACUAUCUUGCCUUUAAUGACCUUGGAGGUUCAUAGAAUGUAUUUCUUUGUCUUUCCUUUAGUUAAGUCCUCUGGGUCCUUUCCCAAAUGUUCAGACCUGUAUAAACCAGCUGCAUUCAAAUUGGCACAACACAAAAAUAUUAAUUUCAUGAUAACCUAAAAGUUUCCCUAAACGCUACAAGGGCCCAGUUGCUGGAUCGGACUGAAGGCUCUAGCCUUGUGCACGCUGUACUUUUAAAGCAUAUCCAAAGUGCUUGCUUUCCCUCAAAAGAUUCUGGGUAUUGUAGUUCCUUAAAGGCUGCUGGGAAUUGCAGUUUCAUGAGGUGUUAGCUACAGUGCCCUGGAUCCUUUGCAGGAAAGCAUGUGGUUUGAAAGUGCUUUAAAGGUAUAGGAUAUAUGCAAGUUCUGUUUGGCUGUCCUGGCUGUGAAAAUGGAAUUAACCGUCUCUUCUCUUUGCUGUACCACAGAAAAGCUGAAGAGUAUCUGCGCCUGUCUCAAGUGAAAUGUGCCACCUUGCUGGCUCAGAUGACUGCCACAAGCAAAGCCGUGAUCUGCCUGGACUUGGCUGCUGCCUUCACAAAGAACCCCGUGGACAAAGUAAUAAAUGGUUAUACGACCACCUCCCCACCCCAAGUGCUUUUUUCUUAAGCCAUCUCUUUUGACUGCACAUGGCAACUAGAAACCUUUGCUUCAGAUGCAGGAUUGGACAGAUCUAGGGAAGGGCUGUGUAGUUCAGUGGCUAGAUCAUCCAGAAGGACCCAGGUUCAAGCCCCAGCAUCUUCAAAUAGAAAGCCUCUUACCUGAAACACUGGGGAGCCACUGCCAGGCAUUGUACACAAUACUCAGCUUAGAUGAGGUGCAUUGGAGAUCAUAAAAAUGGCAGUGAACUGUGCUUGUAGCCUCCUGGUUUUGUUCUUCCCUUCACAGCACCAGCCGCUAAGAAUUAUCUUUCUCAGGAGGAAGGUAAUUAAAGAUAAGCCAGUGUCGACCAUAGUGGGCCUGGGGGCAGCAGCCUUUGCCUUCCAGCAUCCCAGGCGCUGGCACCCUGCUUGCCUGCAGGUUUAGAUGGGUUUUAACAGGAUAUCGGACAAAUUGGUAGGAAACAGAGCCGUCAAUGGCUAUUGGACGACAUAGUGAAUAGAAUGGAUCUUGGUGCACUGCAACUCCCAUCAGCCUGAGCUGACAUAGUCAAUUAAGAACAUAAGAAUAGCCUGCUGGAUCACCUAGUCCAGCAUCCUUCUCUCAUAGUGGCCAACCAGGUGCCUGUGGGAAGCCUGAAAGCAGAACUCAAGCAAAACAGCACUCCCCCUUCCUGUGGUUUCCAGAAACUGGCAGUCAGAAGCAUUGCUGCAUCUGACUGUGGAGACAGAUCAUAGUCUUUGUGGCUAGUAGCCACUGACAGUCGCCUUCUCCAUGAUACAUGUUGCUGGAGGGCAAGCUGUUAGAGGGGGUGUGGGAGAGCUGCUGCCCUCACAUCUUACUUGGGGGAUUCUCAUGAGCAUCUGGUUGGCUGCUUUGAGUAACAGGGCUGGACUAGAUGGAUCUUUUUUGCUCUCAUCCAGCUGGGCUCUUAUGUUCUUACCGCUUUGGACAGUUAAGCCCCUUGUUAUUCUAGCUUCAAGGCAUUCCAGAUGCUUGGAGGCUACAAGACACAGGGAGAUGCAUCAGGGUGGCUCUGUGUUGAACCCACCUGCAUGAUGAAAUCUGUGCACGUGGCAUUCUCACUCUUAACACUAGAAUUGCCCAUCUACAUUGCAAGUCUGAUGCAUCAGUGCUGGGCUUGCAAUCAAGCCAGCUGUGAGAAGGAUCCCAGCCUUGCAACAAGAGCAGAAAACUCAACAGAAGUUAGUUUCUUGUGUCUCUUCUUUCUCACACUACAUAUAUCUAUGCAAGACCACCUUCUGUUAAGCUGGUCGCAUAGAAGAGAUCCUUAUUUACCCCCAAGCAACUAGGUAAGAGGCUGUUACUUGCAAGGAGAAAUUGCCUCAUGAUUUUCUGUGCUUUUCUUCCCACUCAAGGCUUAUUUAGUGAAACUUUCUGGCAUGAACAAGACUACUUACCAGAGCUGCUUGAGGUCCUUUGAGAGCCUCCUGGGUGUGAACUCCAGCCUUGGCAUCCGAGAUCUGGCUGUUCAGUUUUGCUGCCUGGAGGCAGUGAAUAUGGCCUCAAAAAUAUUGCAAAGGUAGGGAAUUUUUAAGGAGACCCUGCAGCCCAAGCUUUUACCCUUGCUUUUAGGAAAGGUCAGCGGGGCCAGCAACAAAACGUUCUGGUUUGUUGUACAGGCAAGUCCAAAUUUACACGGGGGUUACAUUCCAAGGCACCACACAUUUAAGUGAAAUCAUGUAUAUUUGAAACACCAUUGAAAAGCCUGCAAAUCCCUUUUUGUGACACUUUCGGGUCACUUCCGGGUUUGGCACAAUGUGUGGGUGUGCAGUCACGCACAUAUCAAAUGUGCCUAAAACGAUUGCUACCUAUAUUCCUGUUCAGAUUUCUAGCUGCUGAGGAUACUCUGUUCUAUGGCCCCUGAGCAUGCUCAGUCCAUAUUGGGCUGCUUUUGGAAAGCUGCCUACAUCAUUUGAUGCCCAUCGCAUGUAUGGAUGGUGCAGUUUGGCUGCAUCAACUCUCUGUCUGAGAGCUUCACUCCCUUCUGGGCAACCUCUGUUAGUGUCACGACAAAACAGCUGCAGUUUCAGAAAGUGGCUUUGCUCUUUCAGAUAUGAAUCCAGCCUGCCAGAAGCUCAGAAGAUGGAUCUCGAUUUGUCCAAGUCCUUAUUCACCACCGCAGCAUUGUUUACAGCUUGCAGGUAAAGUUUGGCCAGGUUCCAUUUUGUAUUUGGGGUGGCGUUGGGACUAAGAAGUUCUCCUUGUGUUCAUUCUGCUCAGGUGAUGGGCAGGUGGGGAUAGCAACUAGGAUUCUGCACCAGGACAAAAUGCAGAGAUUGUUUAGAACAGAAGUUAGCAGAUUUUUUGCCCCAGAGGGCCACACACAGCAGGGAGUAGGCACUCAAGGGCCACAUACUCAUGGCUGGGGCCUGAGCUGAUGGUAAAUGGGCCCAUUCAUAGAAGCUUAAUAUUGCAGAAUUGGAAGGGCUCCAACGUUCACCUAGUCCAUCCUCCGCAACACAGGAUUUCACACACACACACAUUCCCCAUCAAUAUCAUCCUGUUCCCAGCCUGCCCAACAGCUCAUGGACAGAGGGGAGUGCAGUUCAGUUUAGAAGACAGUACACAAGGAUUGCCCUCCCUAGCAUUGUCCUUUCCAUCAUAGUUGCACUUCAAGGAACUCCAGAUGUAGAUGAACUACAGCACCCAUUGCACCUGGCCGUGGGUCAUGCUUGCUGGGGCUGAUGGGAGUUGUAGUUCAGCAGGAUCUUUAGGGCACUAUUUUUGGCCACCCCUGCAUUUUCUAGAUGUCAGGCUUCCUGCAGGCAACUCUUACUUGCUACAGGCAAAUGACUGUUUACAAUCAGAGUGAAGAGUAUGGUGAAAUAUUUGGUUGGAUGAUCCUUUUGAAAAUCAGCCAGCCUCUUCUUGCAGGUGUUUGAAACUUAAAGUGGAUAAGAACAAAAUGGUAGCUGCGUCUGGGGUGAAGAAAGCCAUAUUUGACCGUCUCCAUGGCCAGCUAGAGAAGAUAAGCCAGCAAAUGGGCCGUACGUAUUUCUUACUCAUCCCUUGUAGCCUCAGUCCUCUCUCCAGCAUGUGCAGGUGAUAAAUUUUACCCAUGAUCUGAAACAGAGGUGGCGAGCCUGUGAAGCUGCCGAAUGCCACCUCCCAUCAUCCCUGAAAAUUGGCUGGAUGAUGGUAACGACUUCCCACCCUGGUCUAGAAGUCCAGAUUUCACAUAAACCACACUGAGGAGGUUGUUCUCUCUUCUUCCAAAGGUGAAAGUGUUCCACUGGCCAUGGAGGCCUCCAAACCUCAGGAGACCUUGCUGGAAGGCCUUGGCAAGAAUGCUGGUAGGUGAAACUUGACUCGCUCGCCUACUGCUUCUGCAAAACAGGGUCCUUUGUUGGAAACUUGGGAGCCAGGCUCUAAGAGCAGCUUCAGUGAUAGGAAAGUGUUCUCAGCUGUGUUGGAUGAACCAGUUUGGGGCGUCCAGGGUUGGUAAAAGUCAAAAAGUCGUCUUGCUGUUUUUAUAGUGAUAUUUAGAGCGAUGUUUUGUUGUUUUUAUUAGUUGCAUUCUAAACAACCAAGGUGCGGUAAAGAUAGUUAAAAACAAAAAACAGCCAAUACAUUUAAAACCAAACUAAAACCAUACAGAGUAGUCCUUGCAGCCUUUUCGUUCAGCUGGGAAGGUUUUUCAGAACUAAAACGUCUUCGGUUGUUUCUGGAAAGUACAGAGAGUAUCUCCCCGGGAAAGUGUAUUGCAGAGAACAGGGGCAGCCACACUAAAAGCCCCGCUCUGAGUUACUGCAGAGCAGGCUUCUGAGAUCUUUGGAACUGGUAGGAUAAACUCUCCCACAGACCAUAGCAAUCUACUAUGGGUUAAGGUAACCUAGUACUAAGUUGUAAAGGGCCUUACAGUGGUACCUCGGGUUAAGUACCUCGGGUUCAUUCUGGAGGUCUGUUCUUAACCUGAAACUGUUCUUAACCUGAAGCACCACUUUAGCUAAUAGCGCCUCCUGCUGCCGCUGCACGAUUUCUGUUCUUAUCCUGAAGCAAAGUUCUUAACCCGAGGUACUAUUUCUGGGUUAGCGGAGUCUGUAACCUGAAGCAUAUGUAACCCGAGGUACCACUGUAUUAUGUUAGUACCAAGACCUUGAACUUAACAAGGUAGCAAUUGGCAUAAAAUAGUAAUACCACAAUUUUGGCAACAUUCCACGACAUACCACAUUUUAUAUAUUUAUAGAUAGACCCGAUCAUCUUCUGGUCUGUGUAAAGGCCACAGGAGCUGGUGUGUGCAUCCAUGUGCUGUAGGUGAGGAAUAGGCACCACUGGCUGGAUUCUUAGCUCCACGCAGACACACAUGUGGACCAGCUUUGAUAGGUGUGGUUAGCCACCUACCUGUCAUGCUGGCAUGGUGCUUUGCGAGCAUCUGUGAUCAGCAGUGCCUGAAAUCACGUAGGAGCUACUUUACCUGUUACACACAUUUUGUUACACACACACACACAUGAUGCCAGGUACAGGGCAGGUGGACGUAAAGGUAAAGGGACCCCUGACCAUUAGGUCCAGUCGUGGCCAACUCUGGGGUUGCGGCGCUUAUCUCGCUUUAUUGGCCGAGGGAGCCGGUGUACAGCUUCCGGGUCAUGUGGCCAGCAGGACUAAGCCACUUCUGACGAACCAGAGGAGUGCACGCAAACGCCGUUUACCUUCCCGCCGGAGCGGUACCUAUUUAUCUACUUGCACUUUGUCGUGCUUCCGAACUGCUAGGUUGGCAGGAGCUGGGACCGAGCAACAGGAGCUCACCCCGUCACGGGGAUUUAAACCACCGACCUUCUGAUCGACAAGCCCUAGGCUCAGUGUUUUAACCCACAGCGCCACACACACCUGAUGCCAGGUACAGGGCAGGUGGACGUAGCUUGGCCAAAAAAAGCCCCAUGGACCAAAUAGGGAAUUUAAUUAGGUUUCAGAGCUGGAGGUUCCCCCAUCCCCACAGCUGUUCUAAGCCAACCAUCUCCUGCAAGACCUUUGCGCACCCUUACAGUUCAUGCUGAGCCCCUGCCUCUGAGUUAAUGUCUGCAGCAGGAAACAGGUUCCUCCAGUGAUGGAAGUGUUCUGCAUUCAAGUCAGACAUAACUGUGUUUCUCAAGCAAUUGUGCAAAGCCACAUUCCUGGCCUGGAAGAUUGGGUCCACGUUUGGUCUAAGGCAACCAAAUGUGGGAACCUGGCAUAAGCUAAACUGGUCAUGAUUCGGGCAGUGCCUGGAUGGGCUCCAUUUUGAAUUCUGAAACAGCAGGCAGGAUAUAAAUAAGAGUAAAAUAAAAAGGGAAGACAAGGACACACUAGUCAUCUUGAUUCUCCGCAAAUGUUAGAACUGGGGAUGAAUCAAGAGAACUCUGCCACAUCUAUUGCUCCCUUUAUUCCCAAUGUUGUGCUGUUGCUUAUCUAGCUAAAGCAUUUGCUAUCUAGCCACAAGAGGGAGGUGUCUGCAAGCUGAAAGGAGCCCCAAAGUUUGCAGACAUAUAGCAGAAAGAGGUGCUAAUACUUGUCCUCAGUGUUAAAUAAGAUUGACUGGCCUCUGUUCUGUGGAGCCCUCUUCCAGCGGAGAUUUGUCAAGCAUUCUCCCUUAUAAAUUUCCAGCAUCUAUUGAAGGCCUUUAUUCAUGCCAGCAGGCCUAUGCAGCUGUCUGAAAGGUCCCUUGAGCAACCAGACCUUUUAAUGAUUGUUUUGCAUUUCUUUUAUUACUAUUUUAAUAUGGUUGCACACUGCCCUGAUGCUUUGCAAGAAGGCAGGGCUAUAAAUACUUUCAUACGUAAAUAUAUCUUUGGGGGGGAAAGAACUUGAUGACUGAGGGUGGAGCAAGUCCUUGACCAGCUAGAAGUAUACUUGAUUUGGGUUCUUCCAGACUACUUGUUGUACGAGCAUCUUCUCCAAAGUCUUCUCUCUUUUCCGCCCCACAACAGCAAAUGAAACGGAAGCAGAGGCCCCUCGCAAGCGUCCGAAAAUUGAAACGGAGGCAAAAGAAGAGUAUGAAGAAUGGAAGAGGAGAAUUUUGGAAAGCGCAGCUAAAUCACAAAGGGACAGUGUUUGACCUGAGCAGGCAGCUCCUCUGGGAUUUUUAGAAUCGAUGGUAUUUUUAGGCCAGCAACCUUCGUGAUGGUUUUUCUUGGGCACUGAUUUGAGCGUGCACGCUUCCCAGCUGGGUGUCAUAGCACAAAACAUGGAUUGUGGGAAUUGGCCUCUGCUUCCUGCUUCCUCCCCUGGAGGCUUCCGGGAUGAGUGCAGAAAGCCCGCCCUACUGAUUGGUUCUCCUUGGUCAGGAAGGCUACACUACUGAAAUGGCCCUCAAAACGUGUGGGCUCUUUAUUUUGCUGUUAAGGGCCUGUGUGAACUCAGUGUUAUAUUGUUCAAGGAAGCUUGGAAGUGUUUUUGCAGUGAGAAAGAACUUCUGUGCCGCAGCUCAGAUUUUUGGAGGUGGAGGAAACCUUGCAUGUUACAACAAAUUCUGGAUUUGGCAAUCCAGGCAUCUCAGCCAUAACCAUGCUUGUUCAGAUGUAAACCAUUAUUUGCAAUGGAAGUUGCUUCCCUGGAAGACACUUCAAAUCAGGGUGCAAAGAUUUGGUAUUUGAAUAUGCCUGCUGCCAACUCAUUCCCACUUCCAAAAUCUUUUUAGACAACACAAUUUUUAACUCCGCAUUUUAACUCUGUCUCUCAGGUUUAUUUUUAUUGUGGCUUUGUGUAAGACAUUACUUCCUUGCAGCAACAUCAAUAAAUACUUUUAUUUCUAUAUUUUUUCUUCUUCUCCUUUUUAGUCUUGUUUUACAAAUGACAGAGAUCAAUAUAUAAAUCAGAGUUAGUGUUGUUUCCCUAUCUUACUGCCAGUCAACCGCAUUCCAAAUUAUCAUAUGCAUGCAGAACUCGUCAUUGAUGAAUCCCCUAUGUGGAAGUUUAAAAUAUGCAUGCCUGAGGCUGCUGAAGGAAGUGUAAAAAAAGAAAACCCGCCCUACUGAGAAUAGCCAGUUGGUAGUGUAGUGGUUUAGCAUGUUGAAUGACAGUUUCUCCAGUUUGCAAACAGGCCCCAAAAGGUUGAUCCCUAAUAUAUCCUGCCUUCCCCACAAAGUGAGACUGCACCUCCCUCCUUAGGUGUCUUGUAAUAAGUCGAUAAUAACUGAUGUUAUGGAUCACAGCAAACAUUUGUGUGGAUCACCACAGGCAAUUGGGGCUUAAACAGGUGUGUCAUCAGGAUGUAAUUUGUAAUUGCUGAUUUGUGGUAGGUCUAUCUGCAAGAAUUUCCAACUAAGUAAACAUAAAGAAAAAGAAUUAAUUUGCUGUGAUAGCUGGUUGGUUUUUUUCAAUUGCUCAUCUUGUCCUCACCAAAAGAGAAGUGUUACUUGGUUGCCUUUUGAGUGUCUGCUGGCUGAUUUUAAGAAUUUGGAGAUCAACUUCUUGAUCUGCAGGAACUUUGAUGAACAUUCACACUUGUCUGUGUAAGUUGUCCCACUGUGAGUCUCGUGUGAUGCUUAAGGUAAGUGGUGCUGCCCUCAUAGCCACUGUUUUUACACCUGGCUCAGGUGAAGGGACCUCAGUAUUAUUGUAAAAUAGAAAGUAAAUCCCGCAAGCCUGAAACAUCUCUACCCUUCAUCCUGAAUUAAUAUAAUUAUUU